AUGUCCUGCUUUGAGACAAUAUCUACAGCACACCUGAUGGAGAAUCUCAGAGAAGAACUCACCUGUUUCAUCUGCUUGGACUAUUUCACCAACCCAGUGACCACAGAGUGUGGGCACAGCUUUUGUCUAGUGUGUCUCAUGAAGAACUGGGAGGAACAUAAUGCUCCUCUAUCUUGUCCUGAGUGCUGGAGAACUUUGGAGUCCCCGAAUUUUCAGCCCAAUGAGCGUUUGGGAAGGCUGGCUGGCAUAGGCAAGCAACUCAGAUCUCACGUGCUGCAGAAAGAGGGCAACCAUAGGAGAAUGCUGGUGGUCCCUAAAGUGAUCUCUGAUGUCCAGGAUGUAAAAGCUUUACAAAUCCAAGGUCACGGUGCAAACAGAAUGUAUCAGAUGAAUGAAGUUGAAAAGUACCACAAAGGAAAGCUCCGGGAACUUCUCAUUCUCUUGCGUAAAAAGAGAAAGGAAACUCAAGUGAUAUUAACUCAUGAGAGGGAGAGAGUGAUAUUGUGCAAGGAAGAGACAAAGUCCUGUAAGCAAGUUGCUGUGUCAGAAUAUGAAAAAAUGCAUGAGUUCCUGAAGGAGGAGGAGGAGCUGCAGCUGCAGUUGCUGGAGAAGGUGGAAAGAGAGAACAUAAAAAAGCUGCGGGAAAACGAGAUCAAGCUGACACAGCAAAUAAGAUGCCUAAACAAAAUGGUUGAACACGUAGAGAACAUGUGUCAGAACUCCACUCUGGAGUCUUUUGAGGAUUUGAGAGAAACAUUGGAAAGGAGCGAGCCACUCUUGCUUCAGUGUCCAGAGGCAACCACCAUGGAACUGUGUCUGUGCCACAUCACUGGAAUGCAAGACAUGCUCAGAAAAUUCUGCACCGAUAUUACUCUCGAUCCAGUCACUGCCAAUGCCCAUCUGGUCUUGUCUGAGGAUCUGAAAAGUGUGAGACACGGAGGAAUCCGGCAGCAGUUACCUGACAACCCGGAAAGAUUCGACCAGUCCGCAACUGUGUUGGGUGCUCAGAUCUUCACAUCUGGGAGACACUAUUGGGAAGUGGAAGUGGGCAACAAGACAGAGUGGGAAGUGGGCAUCUGUAAGGACUCUGUGAGCAGAAAAGGGAAUCACCCAAAGCCUCCUGGGGACCUCUUCUCACUCAUAGGCUUAAAAAUUGGAGAGGAUUAUAGUCUUUGGGUCUCCUCCCCUCUAAAGGGCCAACAUGUCAAAGAACCUGUGCGUAAGGUGGGCGUUUUCUUAGACUAUGAGUCCGGGCACAUAGCAUUCUACAAUGUGACAGAUGAGUCUCUGAUUUAUAGUUUCCCUCCAGUCUCUUUCCAAGACUCUCUCAGACCCAUCUUUUCCCCGUGCCUCCCCAAUGAAGGGACGAACACCGGCCCCCUUACCAUCUGCUCACUGAAAAACAGUGUCUGA